UCUAAUCGUAUAUGGAUAUGUAGAAAUGAAAAAUUCUAUCGUAUACAAAAUACACGCAAAUGUUAAUAUUAUACAUGUACAAUCACAUUUGAAACUUAUAAUGUGCAUGUGUAAAUAAAUUCAAUUCUAGUUUCGCUGUAGUAUUUCUAUUGAAGACACAGUAUCUUAUCAGUCAAUCAUGUACUCAGUACGCAUAUGGAGACACUCAAUGGUUAAGUUAAAUUUUUUCCCCAAGAAAUAUUUCAUCGAUGAUUGUUGGGCCCUUUUCAAAAAUCAAACAUACAUGUACAUACAAAUGACCGCACGAAAAGAAUGGCUUAAAUCUAUGUGAUAAGAAAUCAGCGAAGUCUGUAAUUGAUAUUUUAGAUAAGUCAUGAAGAGGUCACCUAUAUAGAAAGAAUAACGACCUUCUAGUCUUCAUACUGACCGCUUCUGAUAAGUACGCUGACGAGGGAGAAUGGCGGUCGCUGGAGUUUUUAUUCUGCUGUGUUUUCCCGCUCUCAUUUACUGCCAGAGUUUCGAUCCAAAUGCCCUGGCAUUUGGUUCAAGCGGAAGCAGUGGAUCAGCGGCGUCAUCAAGUGGUAGUUCAACAGGUGGAUCCUCUUCAAAUGGCGGGUUUGGAGGAAGCUUUGACCCAAAUGCUGCAAGUGGAUUUGGUCAGUUAAGUGGAGGAAGUUCUUCAACCGGGGGAUUUGGAGGCAGUGGUUUUGGAAGCUCUUCCGGUGGGAGUUCUUCAACCGGAGGAUUUGGAGGCAGUGGUUUUGGAAGCUCUUCAAGUGGAAGUUCUUCAACUGGAGGAUUUGGAGGCAGUGGUUUUGGAAGCUCUUCCGGUGGGAGUUCUUCAACCGGAGGAUUUGGAGGCAGUGGUUUUGGAAGCUCUUCCGGUGGAAGUUCUUCAACUGGAGGAUUUGGAGGCAGUGGCUUUGGAAGCUCUUCUGGUGAAAGUUCUUCAACCGGGGGAUUUGGAGGCAGUGGCUUUGGAAGCUCUUCUGGUGAAAGUUCUUCAACCGGGGGAUUUGGAGGCAGUGGUUUUGGAAGCUCUUCCGGUGAAAGUUCUUCAACUGGAGGAUUUGGAGGCAGUGGUUUUGGAAGCUCUUCUAGUGGAAGUUCUUCAACCGGGGGAUUUGGAGGCAGUGGUUUUGGAAGCUCUUCCGGUGGGAGUUCUUCAACCGGAGGAUUUGGAGGCAGUGGUUUUGGAAGCUCUUCAAGUGGAAGUUCGUCAACUGGAGGAUUUGGAGGCAGUGGCUUUGGAAGCUCUUCUGGUGAAAGUUCGUCAACCGGGGGAUUUGGAGGCAGUGGUUUUGGAAGCUCUUCUGGAGGAAGUUCUUCAACCGGGGGAUUUGGAGGCAGUGGUUUUGGAAGUUCUUCUAGUGGAAGUUCUUCAACCGGGGGAUUUGGAGGCAGUGGUUUUGGAAGCUCUUCCGGUGGGAGUUCUUCAACCGGAGGAUUUGGAGGCAGUGGCUUUGGAAGCUCUUCUGGUGAAAGUUCUUCAACCGGGGGAUUUGGAGGCAGUGGUUUUGGAAGCUCUUCUGGAGGAAGUUCUUCAACCGGGGGAUUUGGAGGCAGUGGUUUUGGAAGCUCUGCGGGAGGAAGUUCGGGUGGCAGUGAAUCAUCAAGCGGAGGAUUUGGUGGAAGUUUCGACCCAAAUGCCGCAAUGGGAGGUGGUAGUAGUUCACAAGGCGCAUCUGGAGGGUUCGGUGGGAGCUUUGAUCCAAAUGCAGCAAACGCGGGAUUCGGGUCCAGUGGUUUUGGAACAAAUGGUGGAAAAUAAAUUUCAGAUACUCAUUUCAAAAUAAAUUUUCUAAAAUGUUUAAAUCGUUUAAUCGUUUUACAGAAAAGGUGAAAAUAACGAAC